UCAGUAGCGGCGCUGCACGCAGGCCGAGAGUACGAAGCCGAGAGCUACAGCCCAAACCACUUGGGUGCAGUGUAGCCAGGGCACUGGCUGCCUUGCAGCCCCAGGAUUAGUCGGAGGACACGUCCUCAGCGCGGCCGCCGCCCACCAGCUCUCACCUGGAUUACUUACCACGGCAGCUGGAGCAGAGCUAGAAGGCGCGGGGCGGGGGGUGAGCAGCGUCCAAGCGAAGCCCAGCUUUUCAGGGACGCCUCCUGUACGCGGACGCGAGGGAAAGCAGCGUCCAGAGCAAAGCCGGCUUCAGGGCCCGCGGGUGGAGCGAGAGACGCCCCUGGGGAUGGCAGCCGCGACCCGGAGCGCCUCUGGCUGGGUUUUGCUGCUGCUCGUGGCACUUUGGCAGCAGCGCGCGACCGGCUCCGGAGUCUUCCAGCUGCAGCUACAAGAGUUCGCUAACGAGCAGGGCGUCCUCGCCAGCGGGCGGUCUUGCGAGCCCGGCUGCCGGACCUUCUUCCGCGUCUGCCUUAAGCACUUCCAGGCAGUUGUGUCUCCCGGGCCCUGCACCUUUGGCAGCGUCUCUACUCCGGUGCUGGGCACCAACUCCUUCGCGGUCGCGGACGACAGUAGCGGCGGAGGCCGCAAUCCUCUCCAACUGCCUUUCAAUUUUACCUGGCCGGGUACUUUCUCCCUCAUCAUUGAAGCUUGGCACGCGCCUGGAGACGACCUGCGGCCAGAGGCCUUGCCAGCAGACUCGCUCAUCAGCAAGAUCACCAUUCAGAGGUCCCUAGCUGUGGGUGAGAACUGGUUACUGGAUGAGCAGACCAGCCCCCCAACAAGACUACGCUAUUCUUACCGGGUCAUCUGCAGUGACAACUACUAUGGAGACAGCUGCUCACGCCUGUGCAAAAAGCGCGAUGACCACUUCGGCCACUACGUGUGUCAGCCAGACGGCAGCCUGUCCUGUCUGCCCGGCUGGACGGGAAAGUACUGUGAUAAGCCAAUCUGUCUUUCUGGCUGUAAUGAGCAGAAUGGCUACUGCCUCAAGCCUGCAGAGUGUCUUUGUCGCCCAGGCUGGCAGGGCCGCCUCUGCAAUGAAUGCAUCCCCCACAAUGGCUGUCACCAUGGCACCUGCAGCACACCCUGGCAGUGCACCUGUGAUGAGGGCUGGGGAGGCCUGUUCUGUGACCAAGACCUCAACUACUGCACCCACCACUCCCCCUGCAAAAACGGGGCAACGUGCUCCAACAGUGGACAGCGGAGCUAUACCUGCACCUGCCGCCCAGGCUAUACUGGCGUGGACUGUGAGCUGGAGCUCAGCAAGUGUGACAGCAACCCCUGUCGUAAUGGAGGCAGCUGUAAGGACCAAGAGGGCGGCUACCUCUGCCUGUGUCCCCCAGGCUACUAUGGCUCACACUGUGAACAUAGCACCUUGAGUUGCACUGACUCCCCCUGCUUCAACGGAGGUUCUUGUCGAGAGCGAAACCAGGGAGCCAGCUAUGCCUGUGAAUGCCCCCCUAACUUCACUGGCUCCAACUGUGAGAAGAAAGUGGACAGGUGCACCAGCAACCCGUGUGCCAAUGGGGGUCAGUGUCUGAACCGAGGCCCCAGCCGCCUGUGCCGUUGCCGCCCUGGAUUCACAGGGGCCUACUGUGAACUGCCCAUCAGCAAUUGUGCCCGCAACCCUUGUGCCCAUGGUGGCACUUGCCAUGACCUGGAGAAUGGGGUCUUGUGUACCUGCCCUCCUGGCUUCUCAGGCCAGCGCUGCGAAGUGCGGACACCCAGUGAUGCCUGUACCUCAGGGCCCUGCUUCAACGGCGCCACCUGCUAUCCCAGCCUCUCUCCAGACAACUUCGUCUGUAACUGCCCGUAUGGCUUUCUGGGCAGCCGCUGCGAGAUCCCUCUGGACGUGCAGUCCAGCUUCCCCUGGGUGGCUGUCUCCCUGGGUGUGGGUCUGGUCGUGGUACUGAUGUUGCUGGGCAUGGUGGCAGUGGCUGUGCGGCAGCUGCGGUUCCGGCGGCCAGAUGAUGACAGCAGGGAAGCCAUGAACAACUUGUCGGACUUCCAGAAGGACAACCUGAUCCCCGCCGCCCAACUCAAAAACACAAACCAGAAGAAGGAGCUAGAAGUAGACUGUGGUCUAGACAAGUCCAACUGUGGCAAGCAGCAGAACCAUACCUUGGACUAUAAUCUGGCCCCAGGACUGCUGGGGCAUGGGACCAUGCCAGGGAAGUACUCUCACAGUGACAAGAGCUUAGGGGAGAAGGUGCCACUGCGGUUACACAGUGAAAAGCCAGAGUGUCGGAUAUCAGCGAUAUGCUCCCCCAGGGACUCCAUGUACCAGUCUGUGUGUUUGAUAUCAGAGGAGAGGAACGAAUGUGUCAUUGCCACAGAGGUAUAAGGCAGGAGCCUCACCAGAACAUCCCGUUGUCAGCCCAGUAGCUGGACCUUCCUUCUGCGUUGUUUACAUUGCAACCUGGAUGGGACGUUUUUAAUAUGCAACGUGCUGCUCUCAGGAGGAGGAGGAAACGGCAUGAACUGGACAGACUGUGAACUUGCCAAGAGAUGCAAUACCCUUCCACACCUUUGGGUGUCUGUCUAGCAUCAGACUGGCAGCCGCACCAGCCAGAGGAACAAAGGAGAAGAGAGGUGCCACUUGGACCUGCCCUGGCAGCAGUGUCCUUCAGGGAGCUCCUUCUGGGGCUUUGACCUCUUUUCCAGUGGCAGUGGGCUCUGAAAGCCCAGAGCUGCUGUGAUCUCCACUGGCAUCUAUGUUUCCAAAGGUGCCUUUGGCCCAGGUUCCCUGGUGACAGCUGGGCCGAAAUCAGGAGAGAGGGGGCCGCAUAAGGGCAGGGCCCCUUAGAGGCCAGAACACCAC